AUUCAUUUUUUCUCACCUUUUCUGCUCCUUCUUCUUCCUCUAAUAAACAUUUUUUGGGAAGGAGAAGGAGAGAUCUGUCCAAGUAUAUACAUUUUCCAAUAAGACAUUUUAUUUUUUUCUUAAGAAUAAAAGUGAAUCAUAAAACGUCAAGAUGAAUGACUUAUUCUCCAAUUCAUUUAAACAAUGUCAAGAUAAUGAUUUGGAGGCUGGAGGAGGUGGUGGGAAUGACACAGGGGAACUUGACAAGUUCUUCCAAGAUGUCGAGAAUGUCAAGGAAGACAUGGCCGGGGUAGACAAACUCUACAAGAGGUUACAAGAGGCAAAUGAGGAAAGCAAGACGGUCCAUAAUGCCAAGAACAUGAAACAACUCAGAGCCAAGAUGGACUCUGACGUUGAGCAAGUGUUGAAGCGUGUGAGAGUCAUUAAGGGAAAGAUUGAGGCACUUGAUAAGUCUAAUAUCGCCAAUCGCAAGCUCCUUGGUUGUGGGCCUGGCUCGUCAGCUGACAGGACACGAACAUCUGUUGUUAGUGGUUUGGGGAAAAAGCUUAAAUCCAUGAUGGAUGACUUUCAAUCCCUGCGAUCCCGUAUGAACGAAGAGUACAAGGAAACUGUCGCAAGAAGAUACUUCACCAUCACGGGUGAGAGGGCAAAUGAUGAGUUGAUUGAAAAUCUUAUCUCUAAUGGCGAAGGUGAAGAUUUCAUGCAAAAGGCAAUCCAAGAUCAAGGUCGAGGUCAAAUUAUGGACACUAUCUCUGAAAUUCAAGAAAGGCAUGAUUCUGUGAAAGAAAUAGAAAAAAACUUGAUUGAACUCCAUCAAGUUUUCUUGGACAUGGCCGCACUAGUUGAGGCCCAAGGGCAACAAUUGAAUGAUAUCGAGAGCCACGUGUCUCACGCUAGUUCAUUCGUGCACCGUGGGACUGAACAACUAGUUGAAGCCAGAGAGUUGCAAAAGAACUCGAGGAAAUGCACCAUGAUCGCCAUUUUCCUUGUUAUCAUAUUUGUUAUCGUCGUACUUUACCCAAUUUGGUUCCCAAUGUUGAUAAAUAGCAUCUAAAGAUGGAGAUAAGAAAUCGGGUAGAAGAAGUCAAUUAUGUUUCCCGGAUUUUGUUCCUCAUUAUCAACCUU